CUCGACCUCCUCUCAUUAAGAAUACCCUUCGUCCUAAACGUGGGUUAAAAACUGAUCUAUCUCCAAGUUUUGAAGAAUGUAAACGUGAGUAAUUAACGAACUAAACCAUUACAGCUUGUGUGAGUCAAGAUUUUCUAAUUUAGUGAUCUAGGGCAAUAUAUGUACAAGUUUGCAAGUACUCAACAAAUACUGAAUUCAUGUAAAUAUGAAGCCAGGAAAGAAAUGGGAAUGUACAAAGUGCUCCAAAAUGUUUCACACCAAGCGUGAUUUGACUCUACACAUGGUCACGCACGAUCCGGAUGCCAAGGUCAAAUGUGAGGUUUGCGGGAAAAUUUCCAAAAACAUACUCGCCUUACGUUGCCACAUGUGGGGACUUCACAGCAACCGGAAGCGACCAAGUUGUGACGCUUGUCACCGGGUGUUUUCUACAUCUACGUUUUUACGGCUACAUAUUGACGCAGCCCAUAGCGCAUGGGAUCGACUACGUUUCCCAUGCACGGUACUAGGCUGCGAAAAAACCUACCAAGACAAGGGUAGCCUAGGUCACCACGUGAGGAUUGAACAUGCCGAAAACCCGGUCCGAUAUCCGUGCAUACUUUGCGAAAAGGACUUCAAAAGGAAGGGUGACCUUGAGAAACACAUUCCCACCCACACGACCGAGAAGGCACACAAUUGUGUCACUUGUGGGAGGAGUUUUGCCCAUAGGUGGAGCAUGAAGAGACACGAGAAGACGCAUUUAGAAAGAUCUGCCCGGGACAUAUUAAAGUGUCUCGUGUGUCCUCAGAUUUUCUUAAACAGAAGUGCUCUACAACACCACAUCAGAGUUACACAUGAAAAUCGGAGGAACAAUCCGUGCGAUUUUUGCGACAAGAAAUUCUCCAAGCCAUCAGAAUUGAAGCGUCGCGUGGAGGCGAGACACCCCGUGAACAAAGAGCUGGUCCAUUCCUGCGACAGAUGUGAGUACAAGAGCUACUCGAAAGCUAAUUUGACCGGUCACAGAAAGCGUCACAACCCAGCGAAACAUGGAUGUUACUUCUGUGACAAGAAAUUCGUCAUAUUUGCCGAAUUGGUUAGCCAUUGUAGAGUUCAUACUCUGGAAAAGAAGACAUACUUUAUGCAAUGAGCAAACCAAUAGUUUGCGAAUUUUCACUAAAUUUGCGAAAUAUAGCAAAAUUUUGUGGUAGAAUGAAAAAGAGUCUUAUUUUAACACAUUUAUGCACCUAUGUAUGUACAUAUUUAUUAAGUAACUGGACAUGUUAUUUGAUUGAUAUGCAAAAUAAAUACGAAGUUGUAAAUAUGGA